AGGGCGCCAGCCUUUCGUUCCCACGAAAUUCGUAUUCAAAUUCUCUGGCCGGAAAGGGGCGCAUGCGUGGCCGUUUCGCAUUGACACGAGGAGGCCAGCCUGAAUUUCACUCAGUUCUCUCGUGGCCAGUUUGAGAAGGGCUGCCACUAGAGAAGACGCGGUUUUGUUAUUUUCGGUCUCGCGCCUGCGCUGCUUCUUCUUCUUCUUCUUCGUCUUCUUCUUCCCUUCAGCUGCGAGAAAACCCGUUUCACGAAUCCCGGCGUGGAGGAAUUUCUCCGAUCACGAGAAUGUCCUACUGCACUCGAAUCCUUCGGGAUCAGAAACUCGCUGUUUUCGCGGCGGACAUCCAGCAAAGAUGUUUCAGCGUGAGCGCGUUGAGUUUCGCCGCCACGAAGGUGGCAAUGUCGAAAUUCGACAAGGACAAUUACCUGCCGUACGACAAGUUGGAGGAGAAGCUUAGAACGGUGAAAAAGAGAUUGAACCGGCCAUUGACACUCUCCGAGAAAGUUUUGUACUCUCACCUCGAUGAACCCAACAAGCAAGAAAUUGUCCGUGGAACCAGCUACCUCAGGCUGCGACCAGAUCGCGUCGCUAUGCAGGAUGCAACCGCUCAGAUGGCCAUGUUGCAGUUUAUCAGCUCUGGACUGCCAAAAGUCGCCGUGCCUUCCACGAUUCACUGCGACCACUUGAUCGAGGCGCAAGUGGGCGGCGAGAAAGACUUGAAGCGCGCAAAAGACAUCAACAAGGAGGUGUACAACUUCCUGAAGACAGCCGGGGCUAAAUACGGCGUCGGUUUUUGGAACCCGGGCUCCGGCAUCAUCCAUCAGAUCAUCCUCGAGAACUACGCUUUCCCAGGCCUGUUGAUGAUCGGUACCGACUCUCACACGCCCAACGGCGGUGGUCUCGGCUGCCUUUGCAUCGGCGUGGGUGGUGCCGACGCCGUGGACGUGAUGGCCAACAUACCGUGGGAAUUGAAGUGUCCCAAAGUCAUCGGCGUGAAGCUGACUGGAACGUUGAAGGGCUGGACCAGUCCCAAGGACAUAAUCCUGAAGGUCGCUGGUAUACUGACGGUGAAGGGAGGAACCGGAGCGAUCGUCGAGUACUUCGGCCCCGGCGUCGACAGCAUCAGCUGCACUGGAAUGGCCACCAUUUGCAACAUGGGCGCAGAAAUUGGCGCCACCACCUCGAUAUUCCCCUACAAUUUCCGUAUGCAAGAUUAUCUGAGAGCCACCGGAAGAAGCGAGAUUGCCAACGCCGCGGAUCAGCACAGGAAAAGCCUGUUGACUGCCGACGCUAACGCUAAAUACGACCAGAUCAUCGAACUGGACCUAUCUACCUUGGAACCACACGUGAACGGGCCGUUCACGCCUGACCUCGCUCAUCCUAUCUCCAAGUUGGGCGAGAACGCCAAGAAGAACGGCUGGCCGAACGAGAUCAAGGUCGGCCUGAUCGGUUCCUGCACAAACAGCUCUUACGAAGACAUGGGCCGAUGCGCAAACAUCGCGAAGCAGGCCAUCGACAACGGACUGAAGGCGAAAUCCGCGUUCAACGUCACGCCAGGAUCCGAGCAGAUCCGUGCCACCAUCGAACGCGACGGGAUUGCGGAGACUCUUCGAAACUUCGGAGGCACCGUGUUGGCUAAUGCUUGCGGGCCCUGCAUUGGUCAAUGGGAUCGUCAGGACAUUAAGAAAGGAGACAAGAACACGAUCGUCACCUCGUACAACCGUAACUUCACGGGCAGAAAUGACGCGAACCCCGCGACUCACGCUUUCGUCACCAGCCCCGAACUCGUCACUGCCCUCUCGAUCGCUGGUAGACUGGACUUCAAUCCUGUUACCGACAAACUCAAGGGCAAGGACGGAAAGGAAUUUCUGCUGAAAGAUCCGUACGGCGACGAGCUUCCCAGCCGCGGCUUCGAUCCUGGCCAGGACACGUACGACGCUCCACCGGCUGACGGUAGCGGCGUCAAGGUCGACGUGAGCCCGAAGAGCGAGAGAUUACAGUUACUGGAACCAUUCGACAAAUGGAACGGCAAGGAUCUCACCGACUUGACCAUCUUGAUCAAGGUCAAAGGGAAAUGCACCACCGAUCACAUCUCGGCCGCUGGACCGUGGCUCAAAUAUCGCGGCCACUUGGACAACAUCUCCAACAACAUGUUCAUCGGAGCUGUGAAUUCCGAAAACGGCGAGAUGAACAAGGUGAAGAAUCAACUGACCGGCGAGUGGGGGAAAGUGCCGGACGUGGCCAGACAUUACAAGAAGAACAGCGUGAAAUGGGUAGCCGUUGGCGACGAGAACUACGGAGAGGGCUCGUCUCGAGAACACGCAGCCCUCGAGCCGAGACAUCUCGGCGGUCGUGCCAUUAUCGUCAAGAGCUUCGCCCGUAUCCACGAGACCAACCUGAAGAAACAAGGUCUGCUGCCGCUGACCUUCGCCAAUCCCAGCGAUUACGACAAGAUCCAGCCUACCGACAAGAUCAGUCUCCUGGAAUUGAACACUCUGGCGCCUGGCAAGCCAGUGAAAGCAGAGAUCAAGCACAAGGACGGCAAAGUGGAGUCGAUCACUCUGAACCACACGUUGAACGAUCAACAGAUAUCCUGGUUCAAGGCGGGCUCGGCACUGAAUCGCAUGAAGGAGAUCUCCGGUGGACACUAGAACACGCGCUCGUCCACUGAAGCCGCGAAAUCGUCAUCGUUCAUGAGGAGACAUGCCACAUCGAUCUCGUAGUUAGUUGCGUGUAUAUAUCGAUAAUAUCGAGCAGAGAUCGUUACUCGAUGUAAUCACGCUAAUCUUGCAGGUAGAUUUGCGUAACGUAAUCGCGAUGAUGAGGAUCGCCGUGUCUCGGCGUUUCAAAACGAAAGAGAGAGAGAGAGAGAGAGGGGGAGGGGGGGGAGAGUUAUUCAAAAGCGAUGAAAGAAAAAAAUACAGAGAAAAGGACGAAUGGUACACGUUUUGUUUUGACACGACAAUACCUCGAUACGUUCGUACGUACUAUUCCCAGGCAAAGGGAAGAGAAAGGAAGCAAUGAUGAUGAAUCAAGACCGAUCGGGUGAAAUUAUUCUAGCCAGAUUUCUAGUACACGUCAGUCAAACGAUAGAGGGAGCGAGUCGAAUCGUUCUUUAAGCAUCGCUCGAAUCGUCCAGUGUCGCGAUGAAUAACACGUACAAUGUGCGAGGAGGAAAUUUCCACGCGUCGAUAGGGCGGCAACGGUGCAACUCGCGCGUGCCAGCGUGUUCAUUUUUAAAUCGUGUACAGCCCGACGAUGGCACGCCGAAAUUGCACGGCCCUCGGGUCGAGCGAGAGGUUUCUUCUUCCUCUGUCUCGAUGGAAUCUUCUGUACAUACUACAUUAUUGUUCGCAAUGUAGGAAUCACAUCGUGGUUACACCGUUUUCUAGAUACGACUGGUUCGAUCAGAUGUAAGAUUCGCUGUUGUUGCUCGAGCAAGAAAUAAAAGAUCAUACCGAACAGCGAA